AUGCCUUUCAUUCAAGACUCAUUGGGCCAGGAAGUCGUUCCUAUUUGGAUCGAUGGAAAAUCAAGGCCCCUGGAUGCGUCUAGAUACAUCGAGGUAUUCUCCUCGGCUCAAGACAGAGUGGUCCAUUUCGCUCAGGGAGCAACAGAAGCCGACGCACUAGAAGCUGCGGAUGUGGCGUGGAGAUCAUUUCAGCAAUGGAAGAAAACCAAGCCAGAGUAUCGGCGAGACAUGCUUCUCAGGGUGGCGGACUUAUACGAGUCGCGAGCUGACGAGAUCGUCCGCUGGCAGGUUGUGGAGACCUCAUGCACGGAAGCCUUUGCCCACUUCAACAUCAAGCUCGCUGUCGGACUGAUUCGAGAAUUCGCCGGUGCACUGACCACUGCUCUAGUCGGCGACAUCCCGCCGGUCCAAGAGGGCUAUGGCUUUGUGUUCAAGCAGCCGGUCGGGCCGAUUCUUCUGAUCCCUCCCUGGAAUGCCAGCAUUAUUCUGUCUUCCCGGGGUGUUGCAGCCGCGUUAGGCGCUGGGUGCACGGUGGUCAUGAAAGCGUCGGAGCUCUGUCCACGCACACAUUCGAUGAUCGUGGAAAUCUGGCAGCAGGCUGGUUUGCCGAGUGGUUGUCUCAGUCAAAUCCAGGCCAGCCGCAAGGAUGGAGCGCUCAUCACUGAGACCCCGAUUGCGCAUCCCGCGAUCCGCAAGGUCGAAUUUAUUGGGAGUGCCGCCGUUGGGAAAGCCAUCGGCCAGGUCGCCAGCAAGCAUCUCAAGCCCAUAUUGAUGGAGUUGGGGGGUAAGUCCCCUGCCAUCGUGCUCAGGGACGCAAAUCUUGCCAAGGCCGCUGAACAUUGUGCAUUCGGAGCUUUUGUUCAUCAGGGUCAGAUUUGUUUUUCGACGGAGAGAAUCAUAGUGGAGAGACCAGUCGCCGAGGAGUUCAUCUCCUUGCUGAAAAAGCAAAACGGCAUGACUAGCCACGCAGUGUCCAAAGCCAUCUCAAAGCAUGCUCACCAAGUGAUCGAAGAGGCACGUGCCAACGGCGCAGAAUUCUUGCUUGGCGAUAACUCAUACCUCAGCGAUGCAUCGCUGACACCGACAAUCAUCUCUGGAAUCAAGAAGACAGACAGGGUUCGAGACGAAGAAACCUUUGGCCCGUCUGCAACACUGUAUAUCGUGGAGAAUGCCGAAGAGGCGGUCGUGCUAGCGAAUGAUACCGAAUAUGGAUUGAAUGCUACAAUUCACACCAAAGACAUGCUCAAGGCUCUGAAGAUGGCCGGUGAGCUGGACUACGGACAGGUGCAUGUCAACGUGCCCACCACGUACGACGACUUCACGCUGCCCAUUAAAGGCGUCAAGGGAAGUGGUUGGGGCAGCAAUAAUUCUCGCUAUGGCCUUCAAGAAUAUCUGUUUGACAAGACUGUCACACUGCAUAGUGAUAUUGGGGAAGAAACAUCCUUUGCGAAGUAG